AUGGCAAAUGCUUAUGGGAUGAUGCAAUUUCUAAAUGCUAUUUCUGAAUUAGAGAAAGGUGGAUCUGCACCUUCAAUUUCACUUGUAUGGCAAAGAGAACAAUAUUUGAAUGCAAGAUCUCCCUCAAGAAUUACAUGCAUUCACCAUGAAUAUGAACAAAUACCACAAUCCCCAGACUUUAUGGAUUCGGACAAGCUAAUUCGGGCUGCCGUUUUCUUUAGUCCUAAGGUAUACAAGCACAUUAUAAUCAUCUAUCCUCGUCGGGAAGUUUUCGUAGACGAGACUGUUCGUCUCUCGAUCCUUGCCAAUGUGCGUGGCAAGCCUGGCCUGAAUAUACCGACUGGAUACUACGGCAAUGCUUUCGUUUAUCCGGCAGCAGCUCAAAUGAGUGAAGAGUACAUUAAAUCAGUGGCAGAUCUUAUGGUGAUCAAGAAACGACCCAAAUACGCAACAGGUAGGAAUUUCAUUGUUUCAGACAUAACCCGUUUAGGUUUUGUAAAGGCUGAUUUUGGAUGGGGCCAUGCAGUGUAUCGUGGAGUUGCUUCGACCACUUCAAAUAUUAGUUUUUGCACGAAUUUCAAGAACGGUAUGGGAGAAGAUGGAGUUGUGGUACCAAUAUGCUCGCCAUCAUUGGCUUGGAAAAAUUCAAAUAUGAGUUAG